UAUAUAAAAAGUAACUUUGUUGGAGGACGGAGCGUUUAAAAGUCAGAAUGAUAAAAGAGUCGCCUCUAAAUAAAACAAAAAUAAGGUCGGAUUAUGUGCGUAAAAUAAGACACGCAAUAGCCAUCUUCUAAAGUGCCUGAUUCUUUGCAUCGACCCAUUCUAACCUGCUUAUAAACCAUAUUUCUGUAUUCAUAUAAAGCCUGAAUGUGUGGGUAUUCAUUUUGCCAAAGUGGCACAAGCUGCAAAGGCUCUGAACGGCAGGCUCUGUUGCAUUAUUUGAUAUUGUGUAUGUGAUGUUUUGAGCUUCAAUCUCCUCUCCCCCAACAUUUAUUCAUCAGUACGUUCUCCCAUGAAGUCAUUCAGCUUCUUUUAUAUGGGAAAAAGUGCAAAAGAGCGCGGCCCUGCACUGAAUGGGCUUUUAUUCUAUUAACUCAGCCUAUUUACAGCCAUCUCCCGGCACAACGUGCAUAACAGAUUCUGAUCGAAUUAUUCCUGUACACUAUCUCUGGAGAGAUUGCACUCUCAGCAUGUCACGUUGUAUUGUUUGGGAGACCUCUUUCUUUGCCGCAAUGGUCGUUAACCUCCGAAUGACCCCCGUGUGUGGAGCCCACGCCUCGGGAAAAAAAAAAAAGCGCCGCAGACAGUCAGUGCAACAGUUGCGCCAGAGGAUGGCGCAGCACGACAGUAGAAAAACCUCCUCGUAUAGCUGAGAGCGCAUGGCAGGGGAGGCGCGCGCCCCCUCCCAUCCCGCCCGAGUGUUUCCUGCGUGCACGAGUUUACCUCUGGAGGUCACCAGGCAGGAUUUACGACUGGUCAACAAAAGCACGUGAUUCUGCCUCGUACCCCAUAUUUGGGUGCCUACGUAAGAGAGAAUCAAGUCCAUGUCCCACUCUCAUUUCCAUAAUUCAUCAUAAAUUGUGCAAGGGUGCAAUAGGACGCGCUAAAGCAUAAGAGCCACAAAUCAAGGAGCUGCAGGUUUAUGCUGUUUACUUCCACCAAAACAAUCACAAAAACAACAGCAGUACCUGCAGCGGGCAAAAAAGGUGGAACUGUCAACAAAUGAGCUCCUAUUUUGUGAACUCAUUCUGCGGUCGCUAUCCCAAUGGCGCGGACUUUCAGUUACAUAAUUAUGGGGAGCAUAAUUCCGCGAACGAGCAAUACAGGGACUCCACGGCCAUGCAUUCCAGCAGGUACGGCUAUGGCUACAACGGAAUGGACUUGACGGUCGGGCGGACCGGCGGCGGACACUUUGUGGGCAGCGAGCGGACGCCGGGCUACUCCCCGACUCACACAGCGGCGGCAGCGGCAAGCCCGUCAGUGGAACCCGUCAGGUACAGCCAGUCCGCGGGCGGCAGCCAGAACUCGUCCCUUUCGCCUCCACCUGAGCCUCUGCCGUGCUCCUCCUCCACGGUGGCCAGCUUGUCGCCGGGCGCCGAGACGCAACCCCAACUCAGAGCCGUGAAGAACUCCAUAAGCGGCGCCCAGUGCUCGGGCUCGAACGGGGGAGGCACGCUGUUGCUUGGUCGGGACUGUGCGUCCAAGGCUUCCCCCCUGGAGGAAGAUAAGCCUGCGGGGAGCGCACCGACGACUCCUCAGAGUGCCGGCGACUCGGCACAGCCUCAAAUAUACCCGUGGAUGAGAAAACUCCACAUAAGUCAUGAUUUGUCCGGACCGGAAGGCAAGCGAGCCCGAACCGCCUAUACCCGGUACCAGACCCUGGAGCUGGAGAAGGAGUUCCACUUCAACCGGUACCUGACCCGCAGGCGGCGGAUCGAGAUCGCCCAUGCCCUCUGCCUCUCCGAGAGACAGAUCAAAAUCUGGUUUCAGAACCGCAGAAUGAAGUGGAAGAAGGACAACAAGCUGAAGAGCAUGAGUAUGGCGGCCGCAGGCGGGGGAGCCUACAGGCCUUGAUAGCCCCCCCACCCCCUCUGCAUCCUCUCUCAUAAAUAAAGUGAAAUGAAAUAAACUAUUGAAAGUGUACAAAAAAUGAAAAACAAAAAUAAGAAAAAAAUUCUCGCAAAGACUUGUUGGCGGAGGCUUUGAGCCACCUCAUCUUCUGUAAAUGCCCCCCAUUAACCUUAUAUUUUCUUUAUAUUCUCACCGUGUUAAUCAGUAUGCGAGUAAAAAUAUGCAUUCUGUACAGUUCUGUUUAGAUUUAGGGCAAAAAAAGAAGAAAGAAACGUUUAAAUUAUUUCUUGUUCAGAAGGAUUAAAAAAAUAAAUCAAAAGUUUGAACUUGUCCAGUAAAAAUCUGUGUGAUGCACUCAAAACAGCAGUCUAAUAAAUACUAACUAAAUAGAAGGUUUGUGUUUAGUUCUCUCUGUACAUGUACUGUAUAUGUAUGUAUUUAUUUGUCUCAUGUAUUGUGCCAAUUUGUCAGAAAAAAACCGAAAAACUCGCUUCCGAUAACCAGCAAAUAAGCGUUUUGUGUGCGUAAUUGUAUUGUGAACACACGUGUAUGGACAGAGGUGCCGUCUCGCCCCUUUGUAUGUACAGUGGCGGUGCUUUGUUUUCUUAAGUUGUUUUUCUUUUCUUUUCUUUUUCUUUUUUUUUCCAGGAGAUUAUGUUUGACUUGCUCACCUGGGCGUAGCAUAGUUGACAAAAAAAACGUGUUCGUCCCUGUUUUUUCUUGCUGUUUCUAUGUGGAAGGUCCCCCACCUUUAUGACUUCAUCGUGAUGAGCUUUUUUUUUUUUUUUUUUUUUUUUUUUUU